AUGCCUAAGGCCGAGAAGGGAAAGCCCAAGCGCGCGUGUCCGCUGGAGAAGCAGCUGGCUUAUGACAAUAAGCCGUGGUACAACCAGAGCAGCAACAAGAACGAUGGCCGCGAUGCCGAUGACUCCGACGACGACAUGACCGAAGACGUCGUACCCGAGAAGUUGAGCCGUCGCACACUGGCGCUCGCCAAGCAGCAACAGGCAGAAGAGCAGGCCCGGCACAACAGAAGCAAGGCGCAGGCUCCUGUCAAUGAACAGGCCAAUGACAGCAGCGAUGAGUCCGAAUCCGAGGCGGACGAAGACAUGGACGAGUACGACGGCCAGGACCUCGUGCGCAUCAAUGGCGACUACGUGGAGGAGGUGGAGAUCUGCGAAGACGACGAAGAAGCGCUCGCCAACUUCAUGAUGGGCGCGCCUGAGCGUCGCAACCUGGCGGACAUCAUCAUGGACAAGAUUUUUGAAAAGGAAGCUCGUGAACGCGGCGAGAUGGACGACGACGAGGCUCCACAGAACAGUAAAUUCGAUCCCAAGAUCGUCGAAGUGUACACGGGUGUGGGAAAAAUCCUGCAGCGGUACACGUCCGGCAAACUGCCUAAAGCUUUUAAGGUGAUCCCGAGUCUGAGCUACUGGGAAGACAUUUUGUGGCUCACCAGCCCCGAGAAAUGGUCGCCGCAUGCUAUGCGCGCGGCUACGCGCUUGUUUGCGUCCAAUUUGAACCCCAAGAUGGCGCAACGUUUCUUCAACAUCUUUUUACUCGAGCAUGUGAGGCAGGACAUUCACGAAAAUAAGCGUCUGAACUUCCACUUGUACAUGGCUCUAAAGAAGGCGCUGUACAAGCCUCAGGCUUUCUUUAAGGGCAUCAUCAUCCCUCUAUGUGAGUCCAGAAACUGCACACAACGUGAAGCUGCUAUUAUCGGCAGUGUGUUGUCCAAGGUGUCGGUGCCUGUGAUCCAUUCGGCUGCGACGCUGAUGAAGCUCUCGAGUAUGGAGUACUCGGGUGGAAACAGUAUGUUCAUCCGUGUCCUGCUGAACAAGAAGUACAGUCUUCCCACCCGUGUGAUCUCGGAGCUCAGUCAGCAUUUUUUGCGCUUCACGUCCGACACACGCAAGCUGCCGGUGCUGUGGCACCAGUCGCUGCUGGUGUUCGCCCAGCGCUACAAGAACGACAUCCCUAAGCAGCACAAGGAGGCCAUGAAGCCGCUACUUAAGCAACACUUUCACCACCAGAUUACACCUGAGAUCCGUCGCGAACUCUUCAACGAGGUGUAG